AUGCUUGAAGGCAGAGGAAGAUUAGCAUUAACAACAUCCGUUGACUCAACAAGGAAGAUGAAAUUUUCAUCUGAGAAUAUAGGUUUUUUUGGACCGAUAAAUGGUGUAGUCGGUUAUGGCCCUACAAAAAGCUCUACUAUUCGUAUAUACAAUAUCAGUACCCGAGAAGUAUCACCAUGGAUUAAAUCAGAGUUGCCAAGGAACUCUGAUGACGAAGAAAAAAUCAUAGAAAGAACACCUUACUAUGAAAUGGGAUUUGAUCCUGCCACAAAAAAACACAAAGUUAUAUGUAUAUGGCGCACAAGUAUAUAUGAUUUUGAAACGUCCAGUUUUGAAUAUGAACGCGUGUGUGAAGUUUUAACUGUAGGAGACAUCACAUGGAGAAGGAUUGAGCUCCCACCAUUUGAGCUUCACAAUGAAUGUUACCAACGCAAACAUACAAUUUAUCUGAAUGGUUUUAUAUACUUUUGCACUGAAAACUUAAUGAAAUUAGGUGAGCAGGGUAAUGACAAGUUAGUAGCGUUUGAUGUUGGGGCUGAGAAGUUCAGAGUGAUCACAGUCCCUAAUUUCAUCCUUAAUCAACCAAGGCAUGUUUAUUUGUCUAUCUAUUUAAUAGAACUGGAAGGUCGCUUAGCUAUAUUAAGUAGAAUGAACGAUUACACUGCCAAGCUAUGGGUAUUUGAUGAUGCUUAUGGGAACAACAAAGAGAUGAAUAGUAGCACGAGUAAUAGCAGUGACCAACAUUGGACAGAAGUUACUAUUGAAUUACCUUAUUUAUGGAGCGACGAUCGGGAGGUUUCUUUUCACUCCGUUGCUGGGACUGAACUGAUAGUCAUUGAAUCCCUUGAAAAACAGUUUAUCUUCACGCGUCAUUUAUACAAUUGGAAAACCAAGUCUUGCAAAGAGAUUGAUAUCAACGGCCGGUUCAAGUACUAUCCCCUAAUUUCUACAGUUUCAACUUUGGUGGAGAGCCUUUUGCAUGUGCGGUAG